AUGGCCGCGCCAAAGUUGUCGCAUUGCUUUGAAUUAAAUUUCUUACUUCUCAAAAUAUUGGGAAUUUGGCCAGGCAAGAAUCCGCACAGAUACUACAAAUACUAUGCGAUUUUUAUUCUCUGUCUUAUUUGUUUUUGUUACAAUUCAUUUAUGAUUGUCAAUAUCUUUUUUACACCGAUGAUAGUUGAAAAAAUGAUCCUAGAAAUCGUCUUUUUGUUUACUCAAUUCACAGUAAUUGGCAAAGUUUUCAUGAUUUAUCAUAAGCGAAAGAAUCUUUUAGCUGCUUUAGCUGUACUAAAUUGUGAAUCUUUUAAAUACAAAGAUGAAGAAAGCAAAGAAAUUAUCGAAAGACACGUUUUAAAGUACCAAAUGGGUUGGAAAAUAUACAUGUCUUUAGGGCAGAUUGCGUAUUUUGCGAAAGUGUUUAUGCCGAUCUUAAUGCAUUUGAUAUUCAAUUCGGCAGUGGAAUUGCCGAUAUGCAAGUACAGUUUCUUGGACGAUGAACUUGUCCAUCGUUAUUUUAUAUUUUUGUUCAUAUACCAGUCAGUUGCAUUGUACUUCAAUAUGAUGUUCGAUUUAAUUAUCGAUGCGUUGAUCGCUGGAUUGUUGUAUAUGGCAAUCAUACAGGUUAAAGUGGUAAAACAUGACCUGAAAAAUUUAAGAAUUAUUAAAAAGAAAAAUAGCUUUUCAGAGGAAGAUGAACUUCAAUUUACUUUACUCAAUAAAUAUUUGAAGCAUUAUGAAAUAAUACUAAAUUAUUGCAACCUGGUUCAAGACAUUUUGGGGAUGGCAAUGUUUGUUCAAUUUUCCUUCACAUCGGUUAUGAUUUGUAUCAUAUUAUGCAGAUUGCUUCUGCCGUGGACAAUAGAUUUUGGUUUGUUUAUUAUUACUUAUCUGUGUUUGAUAAAUUCAGAAAUAUUUCUACCAUCCUGGCUUGGAACAGAGCUGAAUUACGAGAGUGCUGAUCUAGUCUCGGCGGCUUACAAUAGUGAGUGGAUACCAAGAUCGGAGCGUUACAAACGAAGCCUUAAACUUUUCAUGACGCGGGCGACCACUAGCAUCACGAUCACAGGCUCGAGGAUCUUCCCACUAACACUUGAUACCUAUAUUUCGAUUGUGAAGCUCGCUUAUUCAUUCUUUACUCUCGUCCGGAAUUUUCAAGAUCCGAAAGAGAAUUAAGCAUCGAUCAAGCAAUCAAUUUAUAAUAACCACUUUUUAUGAUGGUGUUUACUUGAGGAAGAAAAAACUUCAAGGAAAAUUCUUGAUAAUUUUAAAUAAGUACAACCACAUUAUUUAAAAUUACAGAACCGGCAGGAUUCGAA